UAUGCUUGAUUUCUGGCUCCGAUGACUGAAAAAAAAUUAACCCUUCACAAAGCAAACUUGUACAGAUUCUUCCUCUUUUAACUUUUUGCUUGAAACAAUGGCUCCCGUCAAAGCUCAAGAACUUCGCAACAAGAACAAGGCUGAACUUGUCAAGCUCCUUGAUGAAGCCAAGCAAGAACUCGCUUCUCUCCGUGUCCAAAAGGUUGCUGGUGGUUCUUCCUCCAAGCUUCAAGAAAUUGGUCGUGCUCGUCGUACCGUUGCCACCAUCUUGACUGUCAUCAACCAAACUCAACGUGAACAACUCCGUUUGUUCUACCAAAAGAAGAAGUUCACUCCCUUGGAUCUCCGUGUCAAGAAGACCCGUGCCAUGCGUCGUGCUUUGACUCCUUAUGAACGUAGCUUGAAGACUGUCAAGGAACAAAAGAAGGCUCUUGCUUUCCCUCCUCGCAAGUAUGCUGUCAAGGCUUAAAUGUAGUUUAUAUAGUUUAUAUUUUCCAUCUUCCUUCUUUUUUAUUAACAAUAAAAAGAAAGUCAUGCUACCUAUAUUUUUGGAUAAAA